CUUAUCUCGGAACACGGUACUCUUGACAAACCACAAUAAAGACGAACUUGUGUAACCGACUUCAAUUGACCGAGACUUUAACAAUCUUUGGUUCGGUUUGGUUCGGUUUAUUAAUUUCUCUAAAUCAUUUUCGUAUACUUCUAUUAAUUAUACUUCUCCCCGCUGUAUAUAUGUAAUAGCCUGGAGGUAUCCUUUGCGCCACACGCAGAGAGAGAGAGAGAGAGAGAGAGAGAGAGAGUAUGGAGCCAAUUGAUCAUCAAGAAGGUGACGAGCUGAAUAACCAUGCCGCGUCAUCAAAUUCAAGUAACAACAACAAUACUAACAAUAAAGCGACGGAGCCGGAGGCGGUGAGCUCGGAGCUGGAAGAAGUGCUGUCGGACACGAGCUUACCGGAACUCCGGCGGCUCCGGCGGGCGACAGCCAUAGAACUAAACAUCCUUUUCAACCUUGCGGCUCCGGCCAUCGUGGUCUACUUGCUUAAUAACGUUACUUCUAUGGCCACACAGAUAUUCUGCGGACACUUAGGGAAUCUUGAGCUGGCCGCUGCCUCUCUUGGUAACAACGGCAUCCAAAUCUUUGCUUAUGGUGUCAUGCUUGGAAUGGGAAGUGCAGUGGAAACCCUAUGCGGCCAAGCAUACGGAGCUCACAAGUACGAAAUGCUAGGCAUAUACUUGCAAAGAUCAACCAUCCUCCUCAUGGCCACCGGCCUCCCCCUCACCAUCAUCUACAUUUUCUCCGAACCCCUCUUGCUCUUACUCGGCGAAUCCUCCUCCAUCGCCUCCUCCGCCUCCAUAUUCGUCUAUGGUCUCAUCCCCCAAAUCUUCGCUUACGCCGCCAAUUUCCCUAUCCAAAAGUUUCUCCAAGCCCAAAGCAUUGUGGCACCCAGCGCCAUCAUAUCCGCCGUCACCCUCGUGUUCCACAUCCUGGCCACGUGGGUGGUGGUGUACUAUCUGGGCUGGGGGCUAUUGGGUGCUUCGUUGAUGUUGAGUUUUUCGUGGUGGGUCGUGGUGGUGGCGCAAUUCGUGUAUAUACUGACGAGCCGUCGGUGUAAGGACACAUGGACGGGUUUUAGUGUGCAGGCUUUUUCUGGGUUGUGGGAUUUCUUGAAGCUUUCGACUGCGUCCGGGGUGAUGUUGUGUUUGGAGACUUGGUAUUUUCAGAUUUUGGUGUUGAUUGCUGGGUUGCUAGAAAAUCCUGAGCUUGCCCUGGACGCUCUCUCUGUUUGCAUGACAAUUAGUGGCUGGGUGUACAUGAUCUCUAUGGGGUUCAAUGCAGCUGCAAGUGUGAGAGUGAGCAAUGAGCUGGGAGCAAAACACCCUAAAUCAGCCGCGUUUUCGGUUGUGAUAGUGAACUCGUGCUCUUUCGUCAUCGCUGUCAUCUUGGCCCUGGUGGUGCUCGCUUUGCGCCACGUCAUCAGCUACAUCUUCACCAGCGGCGAAACCGUCGCCGAAGCCGUCUCCGAACUUGCACCCUACUUGGCUGCUGCCAUCGUACUUAAUGGCGUCCAACCUGUUUUAUCUGGUGUCGCUGUUGGAUGUGGAUGGCAAACAUUUGUUGCGUACGUAAAUGUUGGAUGCUAUUACGCGGUUGGAAUUCCAUUGGGUGUACUCCUCGGCUUCCAUUUCAACCUUGGUGCUAAGGGCAUAUGGUCAGGUAUGAUGGGGGGCACUGUGAUCCAGACUAUCAUCUUACUGUGGGUAACUUUUCGAACCAACUGGAAUAAAGAGGUUGAGAAAGCGAUGGACCGGUUGGAUAAAUGGAAAGACACGAAGGAGAAGGAGCCUCUUUUGGCAAGUUGAGGACCAGAAUUUGGAUCAUCCCAUCGAUAUUUAUCUAUGAAUGAGGGGUCAUCCUCAUCAGCAUUUGCUACAAAUUACCAAAUUCAUCAGCUUCCCAUUAUGUUUUUGUCCAGUCAGAGAUUAUCUCUACAGAAAUGUUGUACUUUCAUUACAAUUUUCGGUAUUUUCGUAAUGUGCUUGCACAGGAAGUGUUUGUUCUUA